AUGAAACCCAACUACCUUGAUCCAACUAUCCUCGAUCCACAGCUAUAUGUGGACCCCAGCCAUUCUCCAGUCGAGCUCGACCUUGACAAUAGGUCAUCAACCUUGCUAGGAUCCUCGGCCUCAAGAAGCAGUGGAGAUGUCCAGAGCACAAAUACACUUCCAGAUUGGUAUUCCCUAUUUGCCUCCCUACCCAAGUUGGAGGAUUUCAAUAAUUUAAUUGAUGAAGUCAAACAGACCUUACAAACGGAGUUAUUUGAUCUUCGUCAAUCCCUCACUUCAUUAAAGACCCGAGUGCAGACCUCCGAGAUUCAACAUACAGAAACCUCACAGAAUGUGGCAAUGCAACAACAGUCGUCCCACAUCAUUGACAUGCAGCACCAGUUGGAGAACAUUGAAAACAGACAGCACAGAAACAAUAUUAGGGUAAUGGGGAUUGAAUGGGUGAAAGGCCAGGAAGAUGAUGCCCUCUUUAACCUCAUUUUGGGGCACCCCUCAUCAAAACCCAUAGCAAUAGACAGAUCACAUAGGGAUUUUCACCUGUACCCCCCGCUGCUGCCCUUCCAAGAGAUAUAA